AUGGGCUCGGAGGUGCGCGACCUCAACGCGCUGCUGCAGCCGGCGGGGCCCUCCUUGGCGGGCGGCGGCGGCGGCGGCGGCAACUGCCCCAUGCCGGUGAGCGGCGCGGCGCAAUGGGCCCCCGUGCUCGACUUCCCGCCCGGCGCCUCCUACGGCUCUCUGGCCCCGCCGCCCUCGGCCUUCAUCAAGCAGGAGCCCAGCUGGAGCGCCUCCGAGCCGCACGAGGAGCAGUGCCUCAGCGCCUUCACCGUCCACUUCUCGGGCCAAUUCACCGGCACGGCCGGCGCCUGCCGCUACGGCCCCUUCGCCCCGCCGCCCCCGCCGCCCAGCCAGGCGCCCUCCGGCCAGGCGCGCAUCUUCCCCAACGGGCCCUACCUUCCCAGCUGCCUGGAGAGCCAGCAAGCCAUCCGCAACCAAGGUUACGGCACAGUGGCAUUUGAUGGAACUCCAAGUUAUGGACAUACUCCCUCUCACCAUGCAGCACAGUUUACAAACCACUCUUUUAAACACGAGGACCCCAUUGGCCAACAGACAUCUCUAGGUGAUCAACAGUAUUCAGUGCCUCCCCCAGUCUAUGGCUGCCACACUCCCACGGACAGUCAGGCCUUACUCCUGAGGAGCCCAUACAACAGUGACAAUUUAUACCAAAUGACUUCACAGCUUGAAUGCAUGACAUGGAAUCAAAUGAACUUGGGAUCUACACUUAAGGGCCACGCAGCAGGAUAUGAAAGUGACAGCCAUGCAGGUCCUAUGUUAUACAGCUGUGGGGCUCAAUAUAGAAUACAUACUCAUGGAGUCUUUAGAGGACUACAAGAUAUGCGGAGAAUGCCAGGAGUAACUUCUACAAUUGUUAGAUCUGCAAGUGAAACAAAUGAGAAAAGGCCUUUCAUGUGUACAUACCCUGGCUGUAACAAGCGAUACUUUAAAUUGUCUCAUCUGCAUAUGCACAGUAGAAAACACACUGGUGAGAAACCAUACCAGUGUGACUUUAAGGAUUGUGAACGAAGGUUCUCUCGUUCAGAUCAACUCAAACGACACCAAAGACGACACACAGGUGUGAAACCCUUCCAAUGUAAAACCUGUCAGAGAAAGUUCUCCAGAUCUGAUCACUUGAAGACUCACACCAGGACUCAUACAGGUAAAACAAGUGAAAAGCCUUUCAGUUGCCGGUGGCCCAGUUGUCAAAAAAAAUUUGCCCGGUCUGAUGAAUUGGUCCGUCAUCAUAAUAUGCACAACAGGAAUAUGACUAAACUUCAGCUUACCCUUUAGAUGUUUCAUACUAUAUGUACAAACCAGAUGGGACAGUAUGAACUACUGCAAACAUUUCAACCAUUGUCUUUCAACUUUUUAGGAAAUCUUAUGGUGUCUUCAUAAUGCAGUUGAGACAAGUUAACUACAUUGUGGGAUUCUGUCAGCCCUUUGCAUGGACUUUUUGAAUCUUCCCAUUCAAAAACUUCAAAUGAUUCCAAUUUAAAUAUUAUUAUAUAAGUACAAGUUGACUAUACUAUACUUUAACUAUUACAGUAAUAUUUGUAUUUUUUCUCUUGUUCAGAAAGUUUUGUACUUUUAUUUUUUACUUGAAAUGCGCAAAUACAAACUAGUGGCAGUGUUAAUUCUUAUUCAUCCAUUCAAUAUGAUGGGUGUGAUGGGUGUGUGUGAAUGACUAUUUAUGUAUCCUAUAUGCUUACUGCAUACUGGGUAACCUAUAUGCUUACUGCAUACACCCAGAUUCCCACAUUCUUCUGCUGUCCUAUAAGAAUAAGAUAAUUUUGGUAACCCUUGUACUGCUCAAGAGGACCACUUUUUGCUCUUCUUCCAUGUCAACUGUUUCUGAUAUCUUGCUUGCGAUCCUCAGGACUAUAGACACUAGUUUCUCAUAGAAUAUAUUGGCAUAUGCAUCUGAGUCCCGAGUCCACAUUGAGUUUGUCCUCUGCUUGUUCUGGGUCCCCACAACUACUGCAGACAGGGACAGUGCUGUUGAUACAAUCAGCAUGCUGACAGGAAUGAUGGCAGUAUAGGCAGGGAUGAAGUGUCUUUGUCUUGUUUUAUGAUUACAAAAUUAAAUAGUCAGCAACAUUUUCUUGGAGUUGUAGUAGAGACCUGAAUAUAUCUAUUUUCACUGAUACAUUGGCAUAUUUUGGACUUCCUCUCCUUCUACUACCUUCUUUUUAGGAUAUGCUUAAUAGAUGCAGUGCUCAAACCUACUUGGAAAAGAUAGCAAUUGAUUUUGAAAGCCUUCCUGCAUUGUGUGUCAUAGGCAUGGGGGGGGGGGGGAAACAGAGCAGCAAAAACAAUUCAGGAGGGGGUCAGUGGCCAAGGCCUGCAAACAGUUUUAUUUUAUUUUAUUCAAUUUAUAUCCCGCCCUCCCAGCCGAAGCAGGCUCAGGGCGGCUGAGUUCCCACAAGGGGGGAAUGAUUCCUGCCAUCAUCAUCAGACCUUUCUCCAACCACCAUGAAUCUGUUACAUUUUAAUGCUGCCCUUCUUUCAAGGACCCUCAAGGCAGUCUACAUGGCCCCCCUCUACUCAAUUUUAUCUUCACAACAACCCUGUGAAUUGAGUAUGGUGAAAGUGUGAUUGGCCCAGGUUCACUCAGUAUGUUUUAAGGCAGAGUGGAGAUUUAAACAUUGAUCUCCCCAGUUUUAGUUAACAUUGGUCUCCCCAGUUUUAGUUAAACCACUGACUGGCAUUAUUUUAGGUACUAAUGCCCAUUGGGUAAAUAGAGUUUUGGCUCUGAGCAAUACUAGACUACAUAGUUCUUGAGGAAAUAGUAGGAGCUACUGAUGUGCCUGUAGUCUUCUGAAAUACUAGGUUGCACCAAACUUUGUAAAAACAAAAAACAAAUUGAACACAAGCUACAAGAUUGCCAGUCUUGACUGUAAAGCUGGCAAAGUUAAAUUCAAAACUUCUCUGAGCUGGAAGUGAGAAUCUUGCUUUGAAGUUAACUUGGUCUGACCAACAGCAUUUAUCUUAUCUAGAGAAACUGUAUAAUGUUCUUAAAUCUUUGUGUGUGAAGUCCUCACACAAAAUAAAACUGACAUUGUUGUAGAAGUUUAGGAUUUGUUUAACAUGCAGCCAUGCUGGUUAUGUGGCUAGCAAGUUGUAUAAAAUAAAAUUAAAGCUGAAAUUAAGAAGAGGCUGGUCCAGAAUUUCCAUUAACAUAUGGCUCUUAAAGUAAACAGAUGGCGCUUGUGUCUUGAAUGUCUCUUCAUUUACGAUUAUAUGUGCAGAAUGAGAUGCCCAACGUGAGGAACUAUAUUAUUUCAGGAUUUAGGGCUUUAUUAUUUACUAUUAAUUGCUUGAAGUGUUGUAUAUAUCUUAUAUAUAUAGCUAUAUAUCUAUUAAUGCAUUGCUCUUGAACAAUUACAAUUAGAAAGUAAAUAAACAUUAGAUGAAUCACAGUUCAGACGUUACUACAAGUUAUUGAUUCCACAAAAACUGUAAUCUGCAUUUUCACCAAGCUUUCAAUUAAAGUCCAUUUAAAGAAAAA